GCCGGGUGAGUGCUUUACCGAAGUCGCGCAACGUCUUUCCUAGCUACUUCAUCACGUCGCUUGCUUGAGCUUUGCCGAUAACCCUCUGGUUUGACCACAUUGUUCUUAGUACAGUCAUUUUGGAUACCAAUUGGUUAGCAUGGCUAGUAUACAAGCUAUUCGGGCUAAUUGCCGUAAGGUAAUGUGUAUAGGCAGAAAUUAUGCCGAUCACAUCAAGGAGCUCUCGAGUGCAACUCCCAAGCAACCCUUCUUCUUUCUCAAGCCCCCAUCGUCUAUACUGCUUCCUGGCGCGGGGCCUGUGCUACGACCUUGGGGUGUGAUCAUGCACUACGAGGUUGAGCUAGGCCUCGUCAUGGGCAAGACAGUUCGGGAUCUCCACCCAGAGGACACCAAAGGCGCUAUAGAUGCCAUUGAAGGUUACAUUCUCGCUAUUGAUAUGACGGCGCGCAAUGUGCAAGACGAAGCCAAGAAGAAAGGUCUCCCCUGGUCCAUCGCCAAAGGCUUUGAUACCUUCAUGCCUAUCAGUAACUUCAUCGCCAAGAACCGGAUUCCAAAUCCCCAGAAUGCCCAUCUUUGGCUUACUGUCAAUAACGAGAUGAAGCAGUCUGACAACACCGAACUCAUGCUUUUCCGCAUUCCGCGACAGCUAAGCGACAUUAGUAGAGUAAUGACGCUAGAGAAAGGCGACAUUGUCCUUACGGGUACGCCAAAAGGUGUAGGUCCAGUAAAGACUGGUGAUAUCAUGCGUGCGGGUCUUAAAGUUGAUGGAAAGGAUAUCGAAGAGGCCAACAUGGAAGUUCCAGUUGCAGAUAGAGAGGGUAUAUAUGAGUUCAAGGAGACAUAAGGUAACGCGUAGCCUGCUCCGUAGUGUCACAUGCACAAAUCCCAGAGGUCACGAGCGCCCUAGAGACCUCUGGAGAUAUCAAGACCUUGCAUAUCU